UGACUCAGAUCGGAGGACCCCUUGUCUUGCUACAGAUUUGGGCGUGGGAGAGAUUGAUUCGCAUUGCCCCGUCUAGGCGGCAACUAGUUGCUCCUGGUGAGGUUCCCAUCGGGCAGGGAGACAUGCAGAUGCCGGCCGGACCUCGAGGUAGCCGGUGGAGGGUUGACAUGAGCCACGAGGUCGUAUCGACCCACGUAGUGGUCGUGUAUAGAGACCAGCUUGACCGGAUGAUAGACGGCGAGUUUAUCUGGCAGCCUUAUGCUGAUGUCCUCCAGACGCUCCCAGACUACUGCCGCCUAGGUGAGGAUAUAUGGAUGGCGAGAGUACCACUCAUUUGUUUUGACGUGGUUGAGUGGCAUCUCCCUGAUCGUGUCCUCCGACAGUUUGGUCGGGUCCAGGCCGUGCCGGAUCGGUGUGACACCGAGUGGCGGUUGCAUGCGACGGAUAGACGUGGCCGAGCCAGCACUGACUGGAGUCAGCAUCAUAUGCGAUACAUACAGUUGUGGGAUGCCCGUCGCGACACUAUUGUACAGGCUGACUGGAGUGAUGGGGUCCUCUCCUCUCCCGACCCUUACAUGUUGUGGUAUCGGCGACAUACACACCUACUUGUCGGUAAUCCGAGCCACCUGUCCGAGGCCGGAUAUCAGAGAGUUGGGCCUUCUCUCGAGGCAUUGGUGGUUCGAGCUGGGAGGUCAUAUCACUUGGCUGAGGAUGCUAUUUUCAGACGUGAUGGACAGCUUGGUCUGCAGGCCCUUGUAGAGAUCAGAGAGUUAUUGUACGAGGGGAUCCAGCAUGCCCAUCGGGUAGAUCGUCUGCAUUUUGGGGACUACGGUGUACACAGUGCAGCAGCUGCUCCAGACACAUCAGUCCCGUCCACGUCAGUGCCUUCCAGUUCAGCGCCAGCCACAGCAGGUCCUUCGACUUCAGUCACCCCACCACAUGAUACCCCAUACAUUUCUCCAUAUUCCCCACACGUACAUCUUACCCAGCAUGCUGACCCUGACCCUGAUUGGUCACCGCCCCGCUUCAUGCAUGAUGUUAUUACCCCACCCACCCAGUUACAUCCUACUUUUCUGGGGAGUACUUCGACCGCGCCCCGGUUCAUGCAUGAUGUUGUUACCCCACCCACCCAGUUACAUCCUACUUUUCUGGGGAGUACUUCGACCGCGCCCCGGUUCAUGCAUGAUGUUGCUACCCCACCCACCCAGUUACAUCCUACUUUUCUGGGGAGUACUUCGACCGCGCCCCGGUUCAUGCAUGAUGUUGCUACCCCACCCACCCAGUUACAUCCUACUUUUCUGGGGAGUACUUCGACCGCGCCCCGGUUCAUGCAUGAUGUUGCUACCCCAGCCACCCAGUUACCACCUGCUUUUAUGGGGACUACUUCGACCGCGCGCCAGGAGUACACAUGA